GUUGUUGUACACACUCCAGACCAGGUGGUGGCGGUAUUGCUCCAUUCUGUUGUUUGCCAACCACUAUAAAAAUACAACCGAAGAAGAAUUACUUCCGGUUUAGAUGUUUUGAACGUUAGCAUGUUGCUGGCAGCUGUGAGCUGAUCAAAUAACAAUACUACUAAUAGUAAAAACAUGGGGAAAGAAGUUUAUAGGUGCAUCGAAUGUAGCGAUAAAGCGUCGGAACUUUACAGAGAUUACAGUAACGGAAUCCUGAAGAUAACCAUCUGUGACUCCUGCCAGAAGCCUGUUGAUAAGUACAUUGAAUAUGACCCAGUUAUCAUCCUCAUCGAUGCCAUUCUGUGCAAGGCUCAGGCUUUCAGACACAUUUUAUUCAACACAAGCCUGAAUAAUUACUGGAAGCUGUGUGCCUUCUGCCUGCUGUGUGAGGCCUACCUCAGGUGGUCGGUGCUUCAUGGCUCCGAGCCAAGCGGCGACCCCGCCGACAUCAUCAGAUACACCAAGGAAUGGGAGUUUUAUGGCAUGUUUGGAUUGGCUGCUCUUGAGCUGUCGGCCUUCUGUGGCGGCGUCCUGCUCUUCCUUUGGCUGUGGGUGGGCGCGCUGCAGGGGGGGUCUCUACAGCUCGGACCGCUCCUCAGAGCGCUGCUGCUGUCCUGCUACGGCAAAGUCCUGCUAGUCCCCGUUGUCAUCUGGGAGCACGAAUACUCCCUCAUCUGUCUGGGACUCAUCAAACUCUUUGUUCUGACGUCAAACUCUCAGGCCAUCAGAGUGAUCCUGAACAGCUGCAGACGUCUGUCUGUAGCCGCCGUCGCCUUCGGCUUCCUGUCAGAAACCUGUGCGGUCCGCGCCUGUCAGCAGCUUCCAUGCAGCAUCCAGGAUCUGUUGGGUUUUCAGUGAUUCAUGCCGGAACAUCUGCUACCUUCAGGAUGAACUGUGGACACAAAAACACUUCACUUUUUUUUUUUUUUUUAAAGGGAAAUUAUUUUUAAGACAUUUUUAGGGUUCUUGAAGUUCAGAAAUGAUUGUGCUCCUGUGCAGGAGUUUAUUAACUUUUUUUUAAGAAAGAAGCAAAAAGGGAGAAAGUCAUGCAAACAUCCAUUAUUGUUUAGCAUGCUCCAGUUCCUUAGUCACUCUUCAGGAAUGACAAACAGCCCUCGGGUUGUAAUUUGUCGAAAACUACCUCUCUGCCUGGACAGGCAGCUCUCUGAGCUUUAUUUAGUUCAGGCUCUGUGAGGGAAACAAAAAUCCCAUGUCGCAUAGGUCAACUUUUUAGGUUUAAAUCAAGUUUUUAUACACUGGAAAAAAAGAAACGAAUAAACUUUUUCUGUUGUAAACUGAGCUCUUAGUGAACAGCCUAAAUGUCCUUUGGCUCACAGGUGAAGCUAACAUCUCUGCUGUUGUAUUGGAACAGUAGUUGUUGAUAAUUCAUGAGCAUAAUACUUCUACCGCCAUGCUUCAGAGUCAUGAAAUGUUGAUCAAUUUGCCAAAACACUAGGAUGUCACGUUUUUGUCAUUUUGCUGAAUUUUAAAUGUGCUUUAUAACAUUCAUGCAGCUGCCUUUAUAUCUCCCUCCUUGUUUGUGCGUCAAUAAAGAAUGAAUGGUUUGUUCUCUUU